UAACGUUUCACGCCGAGCUGCGGAAAUUCUUAUUUUUAUUUAAUUUUAACUUAUCUUAAGAUUUCAAGCAUUCCUUUCACUAAGAUGCGUUCAGAGAAUCCCAUUUAACUUAUAUUUAAUUUAGUCCAUUCCUUAUGGAAAAUAGAGCUGUUAAAUUAAAUUAAAUAUAAUAAUCAUUGCAUCAAAAUACCACAAAACACAGCUCAAGGAGUCAGAAAGCCAGAAAGCCACGAACCACGAAACAUAAAAGAAGGAGAAGAAGAUGGUGUUUUUGUUUUGUAUUUUAUUUUGGAAUUUUGGAUGGUUGUGUAGCGAAAGCUGAAUAAUUUGAUUUUGGAGAAGCGGGAGGAAAAUAUUUAACAAUGUCUGUUUGGAAAAAAGCAGCCAAAGCACAUCAAAAAACACACAAGGAAAGACAUCAACCUGAAGAGCGGCAGCAUUUGGGCCUUUUGGAGAAGAAAAAGGACUAUGUUCGUCGUGCCAAGGAUUUCAAUGACAAAAAAGCCACUUUGAAACUUCUCAGAAAGAGAGCUCUCAACAAAAAUCCAGAUGAGUUCUAUCAUCAUAUGAUAAACUCGAAAACAGAUAAUGGGGUACACUUUGAGAAAAAUACUGAAACUGAGGACACUCCAGAACAGGUUCAGCUAAUGAAAACACAGGACCUGAAAUACAUUGUGACAAAGAAAACCCAAGAAAUGAAGAAAAUUGAGAAACUACAGUCUCACUUACAAUUGGCCAGUGUUGAUAUGAACAAGACAAAUAAACAUAUUUAUUUUGACAAAGGAAAAAAAUUGGAGGCUCAAAGAAGGACCUUAAAGCUACUCUCUGAAAAAGAAUUGCCAGAAGUUGAUGAACAUGCUUUACAACAGAGUGCCAAAACCAGAAAGUGUUUAUAUCAAGAACUAGCAAAGAGGAUAGCAAGGGAAAAAGAACUUACAAUAACCCAACAGAAAAUUGAAUUAUCAAAGGCAGUGGAGAAUAAAAAGAGUGUCCUACCACCUAAGCGCAUCAAGAAAGGAACAAAAGAUAGUGCCCCAAUCUACAUUUGGAAAUAUGAAAGAAAAAGGUGACAGGUAUAACUCUUUAUUGAUCAAAUAAAAUC